AUGAGUAUGCUAUGCCGUGUUAGUGAAUCUAAUCUAAGCAACCUGCGCACAGCGUCAUGGGCGACCUUCCACGUCUAUCAGCUCGUAGCGGCGAGGUCUGGCGGUGAAGUCUUCUGCGUUUCUUUAGAGGAAACUUUAUUUAUUAUUCUUCGGAAGGCGGUUCCACCUGCUAGGUUUCGUAUUCGCAUCACAAGCUGGAACCUAAGGUCAGCAGAGCACGAUACAGUCGUCUUCGUGCUGGAGGAGGAUGACGCCCUGGGGUCCACCGUUUCGGUAGGGGCACUGGCACAUCGCGAGCGGUGGCACCAGCAGCUGCGCAGCCAUUUGCCACAGCUAGGCGGGAAGGACGGCCCCGGAACUGCCGCUCCUCUGGGGGACCUUUCCUCUUGCCCUGCCACCUCAUCUUCGCACGGGGAGCUCUUGCAGUGGCUGACAGCUCUGCAUGUAGUACCUCUUUGCCCCGAUGCCGUUCCUGCCGCUCGCCAGGUGUACAGACACCUGGCGUCUCUCGGUGAACCCCACGGCGCUCCCUCUAACACAGAUGCAACCUGUAUUGCGAUCCCUGUUGCAUCCGUGUUGGAGGCUGCCGGACGCGAGGCGUCGUCGGUCUCAGGCAGUGCUAAUGCCCUCCUAGCAGUCAAUAUCUUGCCUCCUCCGACGCAAGAGACGGCUUCCUGUGCGUCAGGUCCUGAGGCCUUGAGGGCCUCCCUCACGUAUACAGAUGCGCAUGCAGUGGAGGCUGGGGCUGUUGAGGGGCUCAGUACACUGCAGCUAUUUGUGGCGACUCAGGCUGACGAAGGGGCAGUGCCCCGACUGCACAUAGGCGCUGGCUCUUCGAUGGUGUUGAUGAUACCCAAAGGCAGCAGCAGCAAAACCAGCAAGAGAAGUGGUAGCGGCAGCGACCAAAACGACGCUGCACUGCAGCAUAUAGCAGCUGAGGCAGCAACACAGGCACUGGGGCGGUGGUUGUUGUCGCCUCUAAGGGGCAAUGCUGCGAUCUCGGCCGAUUUGCGCCUUCGCCUGUGGGUGCUAGGUGACGUAGACAGAGAAGAAGACGAGGAUGGAGACGCAUAUUUGGACCCCCAGGAAAAGGACGGGGGUAGCAUGCGUGAUGGGCUCAGGGAGGCAGAAAGAGAUGAUGCGCAGACUGUUGCUGGGGGGUUCCCUACUCGGACUUCAGGCCUUCCAGCCCUUUCGCAGCUUAAUUGGGAUGUCGGGGGCUUCUUGCGCAUGCGCUUGCGGGGCUUUCUGGAGGCUGUCAGCACUUUGCUCGACAUACAGGUCACCUCUCAGGUAGUGGCUGACAGCGGACUGGGGGAAAUGGAGUGGGAUCUGCAACGACGAGGGUUGGGGGUUGGUGGGCGAGCAGAAGAGGCGUUUCAAGAGGAGACACUUCGGCGAUUGCUCAAUUUGCAGGAGCAGUGGGGAUCGGACCCCGAGUACAGCCCAUCUGCCUCCAUUCUGAACCUCACUCUAUACAGGCCGUCGUCGCUCGCAGAGGAGUGGCCUCCAGGCUCUGCCUUAGCGCUUCCUUCUUGGGGCUUUCUCACCUUCGGUGCGCCUUUGAAAAAGUUGGGAGCCGAUCCUCAGCUGGUAUCGGAGUUCAGCACCCAGCAUUUGCAGGAGGCCGCGGUUGUCAGCGGUGCCUGGAUAGCGCAGCUUCGCGCUCUGUUGGGGCUGCAGCCAACUGCAGAGUUGCAGCAAGACGGUACUGCAGGCGUCUCGUGCGGGCUCCCUUCUGACAGCACAGUUUGCGGGGAGAACUGCCGUGCACAAAGGUGUGCGUGGAGGGUUGAGGCAGCCGAUCCCACAGAUCACACCGCUCACACGGUAUCUGGUCAGCAGGGAGAUACUCCAAACAUGGCUUUUAGUGAUGCUCACUUUGCACUGGUGCCGAGCAGGGCGGUGCUGGUUGCCGGCAUUGGGCCCUCAGAACGACGAGCCGGGGUGUACUUACACCCGAGCAGCAGGGGCUUGACUGAGUGGGAGCUUGGUGGUUUGACGGCUGAAGCGCACUUCAGAAUGAUUACCGAAGCAGCAAAGAACAUCUACACGCUGCACACGGUGCUGCUUUCAGGGACUGACCUUCGCAUCGCAAAGCACGUGGCGCAAGCCAUGCAAGGUGUGCUGAAUCAAAUACAGUGCAGCCUACAGGCCUUGCGCAUGCAGCAGUGCACCACGCUGCCAGCGGCAGCGAAAGUGUUUCUUCUGCAUUCAGAAGCGGAUACUUGCCCCACGGGAGACUCUGACAGCGCCCCGUUGCUGGCUGCCUCUGACCCAACAUCUCGACGAGCAAGCGGGUGCGGCGAUUCGCGAAGGAGGUCUUCUUUACGGAAGGUCGCGGUGUACAGACAGUUGGCGCUGCUCUUGGCGCGUGCGGCCGUGAAAGAUUCAGCAGCGCUCCUGACGGACGGUAGCCUAGAGCCUGCGCCUUUCUUCUCGCUUCACUUUAACCUGGCGGCAACUGCUGAGUCUAGGCUCAUUUGGCGUUCGUCAGCCUCUUUUGGGUCGCAGGACUGCUUUAUGCGGCGCAAGCUGCCGUGGGGAGCAAGGCGCAUAAUGGAGUAG